AUGAUCAUAGAAAUGAUUCAAUUAAUCUUCCUCAUCGCUAUAUAUAGAGCAUAUCAAAAACGUAACUAUGCUUUGUAUCAUUCAAAAAAGAAACUUCGAGAAAAAACUGUUUUAAUAACCGGAGGCACGACUGGUAUUGGCUUAGAGAUAGCGAAAGAUCUUGCUAAAAGAGAAGCUACAGUUAUAAUCGCCUGUCCUUUUGAGAACGAGGGGCUAAAAGCGCGGCAGAAAAUUCUAGAACAUUCCAGAAACUCUGAAGUUAUAUACAAGCAUCUUGAUCUAGCUUCUCUAGAAUCUAUACGACAAUUUGCAGACGAAGUUUUGGAAAAAGAAAAAAGACUGGACAUUCUUAUUAACAACGCCGGAGUGUGUAUGGUAGAUGAUUACCUCACGAAAGAUGGCAUGAGUUUUCUGAUGCAAGUGAAUUUUUAUGGCCAUUUUCUACUGACUCUUCUCUUGCUUCCAUUAUUAAAAAGGACAGGAACAGAAGAAGAUCCAGCAAGGAUUAUCAACAUGUCUUCUCUUUCUCAUAGAAGAGGGAGUACCAACAUUGAAAAUUACAAUAAGAUUGGCCACUGGACAUUUACCUACUUCAAUAGUAAGCUCAGUUUAGUUCUUUUUUCCCGUGAAUUGAAAAAGAAACUAAAGAAAUUUAACGUAGUUAUCAACUGUGCGGACCCUGGCAUUGUAUCAACUGCGAUUUAUGAUAACACAAGUAAUAUUUUUGCUCAUAUAUUCGUAUAUAUCAUGUUGUUGUUUUCGAGAACGCCUCUAGAAGGCGCUCAGACAGCUAUAUUUCUGGCUGUUGAUGAUGUUGGUUGUGUGACUGGAAAAUACUUCGCAAAUUGUAAGCAAGUGGACGCUAGUCACAAAGCAUUUGAUGAAACUUGUGCAAUGAAGCUGUGGAACCAAUCUGUGGAACUGGUGGGGUUAAGUAAGGAAGAAUUACGUGCUAUAUUUGAGGUGUAA